AUGAGUGCCACUUUAUCUCUGAAUUGGAAGAAAUUAAGCUCCAAGAUCAACCAAGGAUCUAAGGUUACAAAAAAAUCGACUAAAGAAAGAACUGGAAAGAACAAAAUAAAAAAAGCAGAAGUUGAGAAGUCACUCAGCAUAACACCCACGGUACCAAAAUCAAAGCUUUCUCCAAUAGAAUUAGCAUUAUGGACAAAAGAGAAUGAAAUAGAAAUAAGCGAUAUACCGUUACAAACAGUAGCAAUAACAUUGGUGCCUCAAGGUAACGAUAGCAGAAAAAAAGAACCAGGCAAAUACUUAGCCAUGGACUGUGAAUUUGUAGGGGUAGGACCAGAAGGAACAGAAUCAGCACUAGCAAGAGUUUCAAUAGUGAACUUCUAUGGUCACACAAUACUUGAUAAAUUUGUAAAACCAAGAGAAAAAGUUACAGACUGGAGAACAUGGGUUAGUGGUGUAACCCCGAAACACAUGAAUGAAGCUAUUAGUUUCCAAGAAGCCCAAAAUGAAACUUCCAAACUUUUAGAAGGUAGGAUAUUGGUUGGGCAUGCAAUUCAUCAUGACUUAGAUGCAUUGUUUUUAUCACAUCCGAAAUCAAAAAUAAGAGACACGUCUCAAUAUAAGCCAUUCCGAAGUAUUUCAAUGGGCAAAACACCGAGUUUGAAAAAAUUGUCACUGCAUUUCUUAAAAAUAGACAUUCAAGGCGCUGCUCAUUCGUCAGUUGAAGAUGCUAGAGCGACUAUGUUACUAUUCAGACUUCAUAGAAAAGAUUUUGAACGUAGCAUUAGAACUACUCAAAACAGAAAACCCGAGAAAACAGCCUAA